AUGAAGCCAAGUGCCAUCCUCGUCGCCGCUCUGGCCUGCUCCGCCACGGCUGCCCCGGUCCUUGAGACUCGCCAGUUCGGCCUUGGUGGCAUCUUUGGCCUCCCCCUCUCCAUCUUUGGUCAAGGCAUCAACCUUGCCGGCGACAUUUUCGACUCGGCGGCCUGCGCAUUUAGCACCGUCAUCGGUGGCCGCAGCUCGCUCUGCUUCAACCAGGCCGGCAGGUCAGACGGCAACGGCAAGGGUGUCACGAUCGUCAUCAAGGUUGGUGCCAAUGGUGGUGCCAACGGCGGUGCCAGUGGUGGUGCCAACGGCGGUGCCAGUGGUGGUCUGACCGGUGGCAUCAGCGGUGGCAUCAGCGGCAGUCUCGGCGGUGGCAUCGCCGGUGGCAGCGGCGGGAGCACUGGGGACAGCGACGCCAAUGGGAAUGCCGACGGCGCUAUUGACGCCGACAAGGCCAUGGACGAGUUCGGCUACGGCUUCAAGUACAAGACUGUCGGCGACAGGUGGAGGAUCACCAUCACGCCCAACAACAAGGAGCUCGAGGAAUGCGAGGAGUUUUACCCCAAGGACUCGGAGAAGGGCAUCCAGGAGCUCGUUGCUGAGGCUGCUCUGGAGUGCCUGAACAAGUAA